AUGUCCCAGUUUGGGAAUCGCAUGUCCAUGCAACAGUUUCCGACACAAAUGCGAUAUCCGCCACCUGUAGGAUACCCGAUGGCACAACAAUAUGGGUAUCCUAUUAACCCUGCGAUGAUGGGCAUGAAUGGCGUGGGGUAUGCUCCAAACAUGGUACCCCCUGGCCCGGUCAAGACUGAGGUGAUCGAUCGCUGGAGGCAAAGCAUUCGUUGA